AUGCUUAAAUGGUCCAAGGAUAAAAAAGAUGAACAACCUACAGAUUGGCCUAAAUAUGCUGAACAUUUAGAACAUUGUGUUGACGAUGUACGACGUGUCGCAAGUGAUGUACACAGAGGUCUAGUGCAAAAUGUUCUCGUCAGUAAGAAAAAUAAAAAGUAUCCUGAGUAUGUACUGUCAACUAUUUUAAAAGAAUCCGUCGAUAAACCCAAUACAGAUGACCGACUUUUUGUUUGUGUCACUCGUGAAGCUAGUAAAGCUUUGUUAACUCUAUCUACAUAUCAUCGAGAUCAUGAGAAUAGAGUAGAACGUCAAAUUGUUGAACCAUUAAAUCGUCUAACUGAAGAAACAUGUGUCAACAUUACAAAAGGUCGACGUAAUUUACAAAAAUGUUUGACAGAUGUUCGUAAUGCACGUGGACAAUUACAAAAAACUAUGCAAUGUAUACAAACAAAUACAAAUUCAAGUUAUCCUGGUUCUUGUAAUCCAUCUGUGACAAUUGAUGCAGUCAAUCGAAUUAAAUCUUCAAAAGAACAAUUACUUCGUGAUCUGUAUUCAUUCGCCGCUGAAGAAGAAAACUAUUCACGCCUUAUACUUAAGUACUUUGAAUUACAAGAAAAUUAUUUAUCGGAUAGUUUACAGUUGGUUCAAAAAGUGAUUUCCGAUAUAUCUCAAACUAUCAGACUACAGAAAUGUCUUACUACAUUUGGCAGACAUCUACCUGAUCAUUUAGCCGAGACUAAACGAUCUAUCGCCUAUGUCCUAGACGUAUGUAUUAAUUAUUUGAAUCAAGAAUCUAUCAUGCAAGAAGAGGGUCUUUUUCGAAAGUCUGGAUCCCAAAAACGGACAGACCUCUUAGUAAAAGCUUUAAAUAUCAUGCAAAUCGAUGAACAUUUACUUAGAAAAUGUGACUGUGCUGUUGUUGCUGCUGCUUUGAAACAAUAUUUGCUUAGUCUUCCUGAACCAUUAAUCACUUAUGAUUUCGCUGAUCAAUGGGCUGCUGCUUCUAAAAAACCGAAUUCAGCAGCGGUUAAUUUACAGUUAAUUCAUAGUUGCCUUGAAAAAAUGCCUAAGGAGUUUCGUUUAAAUUUAGGCUAUUUAAUGUGCUUCUUGCAUAAAUUGUCUAGUCAAUCAGAUGUGAAUAAAAUGACUUCUGAUAAUUUAUCAAUAGUGAUUGCACCAAACGUGUAUAGACUUUCAUACUGUUCCAUGGGUACUGGUAAUAAUAUUGCCAAUGGCAGUUCAGUACGACAAAUUGAAGAUUUAGGAAAAUCUUUAGAUUUCUUACAAAGCAAUGGUCCAGGAAUUCAUUUAGUAGAUAUUCUUAUCCAAAAUGCAGAACAGUUAUUUGGUCAAGAGCAAGCCUCGUUUCGUGUAACUCAUGUUCCACCUAAUUUCGGAAUAAAAGUUUCUUCACAGUGUCCAUCUACUACUGGUUCUGUACCUUCAUUGAAGUCAUCGAAUUCCGGCACUGGUGUUUCUCAUGGAUUUGAUAGCAGUACCAUAGCAUUAAAUGAACAAUCAUCUCAGAAUGCUAACCAAUUAAUUGCUCCCAGAAAAUCUGUUGGUGUUGAUCAUGAUUCUGGUGUUUCUACUUCUCAUUCAACUCAGUCUGCUAUAACUUCCAGGAUGUCAAAUUUAAGUACUACUCCUAUACUUCAACGAAAGAAAAAUGCUGCUCCAAAACCACCAGUUCUUUUAAAUCCAACCAAUUAUUCAAUAACUCAUGUGAAUAGUAAUGAUCCUGAAAAAUCAGAAAAUCCCUCUGGCACUGGCAUAGAAAACAAAAAUAAUGGUGAUAGUAACAACAUUUGCAGUAGUAAUAAUUCAGAAGUAUUAAUUCAUCAUUCUCAUCAUGAAAGUCUUCCACAAAUUAUAAGUAGCUCAACCACAAACUGCACAGAAUUAACAACCAUUAAUCAUAAUCAAAAAUUGUCAUUGCCAUCACAAAUGAUCACACCACCAACUAUUCAUGAAUCGAAACUGAAUAAAGAUCUACCACCUAAACGACCCCCACCACCUGAUGCUAAUUCUAAGUCGAAUAAUUCUACAUUAGAAUUAGAUACUGAUAAUGUAACUGUUAUGUAG